GCGCCCUCUUUUUCACUGGCGAGCCUUAUCUUUUAAUGAACAUGAAAACAGGAAAUGACCCAGCUGAGAGCAGUAGAUGCAGCAACCCUCCCGCAGACGGCACUCUCGUUCCUCUGGAGUGAGUCUGGUUCUUCCGACCUGCAUAGGCUCCUCCAGUGCAGCAGGGGGGGCUGAAGAGUUGGCUGGAGUAGCCCCAGGAGGAGAUCGCCAGGAAGAAUGAUUGCGAGGCUGCUGCCCCAUCUGGAAGGGAAGAGAAACUGCAUUUCUGGACCUCUCCUUUUCUCUUUCUAUCAGGCGAGUGUCAAUACGGAUAGCAAGUGCUAUUACCGACUCCAAAUCACCUGGCAACUCAAGGGGGGCCAACUGGUCCUUUAUCGGGUCAGCCAACCCAUGGAGGAAGGUGUCAAGCAGGGAGGCAGCAUUCCAGCCGCUGUCUGCUGCCAGGGUGCGAAACUCAACGGCGUAGUCCAUGACUCGUUGCUUGCCUUGGCGAAGACCCACCAGUGCUCGUGCAGCCUCUCGACCAGGGGUGGUGUGGUCAAAAAUCUUGCUCAGUGUUUCUGUGAACAGGCUCAAGGAGUUGCAAAUAGGGGAAUCUCUAGCCCACUCUGCUGUGGCCCAGGCUUCAGCUCUGCCUGAAAGGUGAGUGAUGAUAAAUGCCGCCUUUGAACAGUCAGAGGGAAACGAGGAUGCCUGCAGCUCACAAUGAAGCCCACACUGGACCAGGAAGGAUCAGCAGUUACUAGAAUCUCCGGAGAAACGCUCAGGCUUGGCUAGGUGAGGGGAAAAAACAGGUGCAAGAGCCAGAGCCAGUGGAGGAGGCGGCUGUGGAGCAGAUACAGGAGCUGAGGCAGGCAUAGGAGCAGGAGGAGAAGGGAUGAGAGACUCAAUGCGGCUCAUCAGGUGUUGAAGCUGGUUGCUCAGGUGGCUCACUUGAUUGCUGAUGGAGGCCUGGAAAUUCUCAUGGCGCUCGUUAAGCUCUCUUACUCCUAUAUCCACGGCAGUGAGCUGCUCCUCAUGAUGGUGGAUCUGCUCUCCUUGAGCACGAAUGGCAGCAUGCACAGGAUUAGAGUCGGCUGAGUCCAUGGUUUGGCCAGUUCGUACUGUUAAAACUGGUGAACCAGGAGAGAAUGGACUCAAACGCACGACUUAAGAGGCAGUUCAGGUAAGUAAAAAGUCUUUACUGGACAAAAUAGGUUGAGGUACACACAGGGAGAUCAGUAGAGGCAAAAGUAUCCAAAAAGGGACAAGGCAGAGGCAGAGUCAAAAAAACAGGCUAAGUCCAAAAACCUAACAAAGAGGCACAGGGAAUCAAAAAGCUGGAACAUCGACACACAAGGAGCUAAGACGAAUUGGCACAGAGAGAAAACAAGGCACACACUAAAUACUGUGGUGAGGGGAAGGAUAACAAGGCACAGGUGAGACUAAUCAGGGCGGGACAGACAAUCAGACACAGGUGAAGCCAUCAAAAGGGAGGGAAAACACACAGGGGCAGGAAGUGAAGUGAUCUGAAAUGAGAGGAGAUGUGAGUUUCAAAGUAAAACAGGAAACAACAUAACUGAAUAAAUACAACCUAAGAAACCUGAGCUGUGACAGUUUUAGCUCAUUCCUCCAAUGAGUCUUAAAAUAUCCGCAUUUGUGAAUGAAGAAUUUUCCCAAUAACACACCGGGGUGAAUGUUGUGGGAGCCGGGAUGUAGGGAGGGGGGAAAAGGAGACGCGCCAGACAUGAUUCACAAUAUCCCGAUAUGGUGAUGUAGUUAAAAUAAAUCCUAACCAUCUUCUUGUUUCCCUUUCUCUUUCUCACACAGCAAUUAAAUAUUCCGUUUAUUUAAACUCUUUUUGUUUGUGACAUGAAAAAAUACGUUAAUUAUAUUAGUUACAGAGGGUGAAAAGAUGAGUUCUAACUAAAAGUACAAAGUGUGAAAGUGCAAGCAAUUCUCACCCAACAUUCACCUCCACACAUGCACGCACGCACACAAGCACACACACACACACACACACACACACACACGCACGCACGCACGCGCACACACACACACACACACACACACACACACAUACACACACACACACUAUUCACUUUACGUCAGUUUCUCCAAAUCACCUUAGCAUAUGGGGUGACCAUUAUGGAGUGAGCUUUUAAGCACAUAGGCCUACUACAAUCAAUAAAGCAUAAGUUACCAUUCGUACGGUUUUCUUUACAGCUUUUUCCACCGUUCGUUAGUUACUCACACCAAAGAGCGCAUUUACAGGAACACCGAGACCUAUCAUGGACUUUGGUAAGAAAACUUUUACCAUCUUUUUUAAACCAUUUUCUUGUCCUUUAAGUUUCACAGGGAUCCGUUAAUUUAUUAUUAUUUUCUAUUUACAGACAUCAUCAAUCUAACGGACGAAGGUUAUCUCAUGAGCCCAGAGUAUAACAACCUGUGCGACUUCACGGUCAAUGAUCUGGAAGAGUUGAGCGAAAUCAUUCGUCAAGCAGAGGCCGAAGAAACUAAGCACUCUGCUCCGGCCCCGAUUCCCUCAACAGCCGACGUGGUUAAAAGAGCUGACCCCGUCCAACCAUCGUCUCAGACCACUCCGGAGCAUGCGAAGGACGGUACACGUCCUCCUGUACAAACACUACAUUCUUCUGCACCCGGGAGGAAGAGGUGGCGGACACCCAGCACCAGCAGCAGCAGUAGCAGCAGCGACAGCGACGGUCGACCGAGUCAAAAAGACCCAGAAAAUGUACGCAUAGUUUCAAAUGUGCGACCUGUCAGAGGGAGAGACAAGAAAUACAUCUUCUCGUCGGUACUACGCUAAGGACCAUGAGCGAUAUCCUCUUUGUGAUGGGCCUUGGUGUUUGAGCCAAAAAGACCCAGAAAAUGUACGCGCGACCUUGUCAGAGGGAGAAAGAAGAAAAUACAUCUUCUCGUCGGUACUAUGCUAAGGGCCAUGAGCGAGAUACUCUUUGUGCUAGGCCUUGGUGUUUGAGUGUAAGUUUGGAUUGUUGUUGUUGUUGUUGUUGCUGUUGUUGUUGUUGUUUGGUUUUUAAAAUUUUGUUUUUUAUUUUCUGUAACCAUGGAUGAAAGCAACCGCCGUCCCUCAAUACUUGAUGUGAUGAUAAAAGAAUUAAACCAGAAUGUAUUAAAUGAAACUCGAGAACCCGCUCAGUCUUUAUGCAAGGCACAACAAGAUGUAGAAAUCACCAACCCACUCACAGACAUCAAUAUGGCUAUCGCAGAUCUUGAUCAUUCUCAAAGCAUUUUAAACACCAUAAAUCAAUGUCAAGACUUGCUAAAUCAAAUACCCUUGCCCUCUUCAAACAGUGUACCCACGCGGUACGACUCUUUAAUCGGAGAACAAAGCCCCGUCAUUUCUUUUAUCCCUGACCCGUUCUCAGAUAUUGACGUUGCUAUCGCCGAACUUAAUCAUACGCAAGCUGUUUUAAAUACGAUAAGCCAAUGUCAAGAUUUGUUAAAUCAAAUACCCGCCAAUCCCUCGACCUCAAACAACACGCAUUUGCAAACCGAGACCCGACUUGAUAAUAAUCAAAGUGCCCAAAAUCAAACGAGCGUCUUUAACACCAUAGACCACGCCGUAAAUCAUUUAGAAAAUGUCCAACUCGCAACGUCCGACCGUCAAAAUCAACAGCGAGGGGGUAAUGUAGAGGACGUUCGUUUGGAAAAUUUAGAACAUCAACGCACAUCGCAGCGAGAAAACUCGCCUCAAAAUUCACCCUCGUCGAGCGUGGUGACGCGACCUAGAUUUAACAACGUUGAAUCCAGCCAUCCGCUCAACAUCAACAUUACCGAACUACAUCGAGGUACGGCUGAUUUUGGUGAAUUUUACGUCAGGGUGUUUACAGAGAUGGCGCAAGCGGUGACGAAAGUCAUUUCACAAGUCGAACGACAAGAUGCGGUGCAGCUCGAGUUGAGAGGCGAUACUCUGCCUCAAGGCACGUCCUGCGUCGUGAGCGGAGAGGAGUUUGAUUUAACUCACUUAAAGUCUUUCCUAGACCGCAUUGUGCAAUCUAACAUGGCCGUUAAAACCGACGGUAAUUUGGUAUUCACCGUCCAACUCGUCAAAAACCCCCGAGGCGGCGGUCGAAGACUCUUGUCUAAUACCUUAGACGGUGAGAUUAUUAAAAAAAAAAGCGACAGUCUCUGCGGGUCGCUAUCAACGGCCACGACAACCAACUUUGUUUUGCAAUUAAUUUGGCUCACCUGCUUUACCCCGAUAUCGUUGAUAGCGAAGCGUUUGCGCUCGGCAGAGACUUUCAAAGUAAGGCGGGUUUGAACGAUCAGACCGCGGUAACGUUCGGCGAUAUAGCGAAAUUUGAAGUCUCAAACUGCAAAAUUGUAGUGUUCUACAGAACUGACAACGCUCGAACGCUCUCUAAAUUUCCGACCGAUUCACUGAGAAGACAAAAGACGGUGUUUAUGUUUCUGUUUGAAAAACACUACUACAGCAUAACGAGCCUGAAAUCCUUCCUAGACUCGCCAUACGUGUGCGAGUAUUGCUACGUGGGGUACACCUCUGUCGCGUGUCACUAUUGCGAGGGUCAUUGCUCCGUUUGCUCGGACCCCUCCUGUAGCAAGCGAGAGCUCCGACCCGUAGUUUGCGUCGACUGUAACAGAACGUGCCGUUCCGCAUCGUGUUUAGCCAAACACAAAGAGCCCGUAAAGCGGCCCGUGGCUGAAAAAUACGUCAGUAAUUGCGAGCUGAUUAAAAGAUGCAAAAAAUGCGACAUGCUAUACUACAUCGCUAUGAAUGGUAACGGUAAACAACACGCGUGUCCAGAAGUCAAAUGUAAAAUCUGCGGCGUAACCAUAGAAAAAGACGAGAGCGAGGAGCACCUGUGUUACAUACAGCGUUUACCCGUCGAGACAAAACAUACAGAGAAAUUGAUUUUCUACGAUUUCGAGACGUAUGUAGACUCGUCGGGAGCGCACGUCCCUUUUCUGGUGUGUAUGAAAACCCUCGAUGGCAAAAGGUGGAAUGCUCAGGGCAUAGAUUGCACCAAACAGUUUAUUUUGCAUUUCAGACGACCCGUGUACAGAAAAUCCGUCUUUAUCGCUCACAACGCUAGAGGAUUUGACGGAUACAUUGUGGUCAACGCCAUGCUGUCUCUGAACCUGAAGCCCGAGGCGCUCAUAAUGCAGGGAAGCAAAGUCGUACGUUUCACCAACCCCGAUUACGAACACAGAUACAUUGACAGUCUCAGUUUCUUGACGUGCCGUAUGUCGGCUCUGCCCAAAGCUCUAGGUUUUCCCGAUAAAAACAAGGGUUUUUUUUCCCCAUCGAUUUAGCUCUGAGAAUCACUUAAAGUACGUAGGCCCCUACCCCGAGCCAGAGACCUACGGCGUCAAACAAAUGAGCAGAGAGGGCAAGAGAGAAUUUGAAGCGUGGUACGAGAUGGUGCGUCACGGCACGUUCAAUUUUGAGAAAGAAGCCGUCCGCUACUGUCAAAAUGACGUGGAUAUUCUCGCGCGAGCCUGUGACAUUUUCAGAAAAGGUUACAUCGACGAAACGGGCGUGGACCCUUUCAGUUGCGCCACCAUCGCUUCGGCCUGCAUGAAAGUGUUGCGCACAAAUUUCCUAUGUCCCGACACCCUGGCCAUUCCUUCUCCCGGCGACUAUCGAAGACGUCACAAAACCUACUCAAACGCCGGUGUUCAGUGGUUAGAGUGGGUGGCGCAUACCGAGGGCGUCUUUAUUCAGCACGCGUUGAACGCAGGUGAAAAAUAGAUCAGUCGUUACUUUGUAGACGGUUACGCCGAGGUCCGAGGCGUGAAAACGGCUUGGGAGUUUCUGGGUUGUUUUUAUCACGGUUGUCCGUCCUGCUUUCAGCCCCACGACACCUGCCCUCUGACGGGCAGACCGUUUGACGAGUUGCACGCCUCCACCGUGGUGUGAAUACAGACGUUAGAGUCCGUCUACGGUCUUAAGGUGAACGUGAUGAGAGAGCACGAUUGGCUCGAGUUGAAAAAAAUCCCAUCCGCCUCUGAGAGAUUUUCUCAAGUGUGCCAAAACCCCCCGACCUUUGUCACCCCGCGACGCUUUGUACAGCGGUAGGACGAGCGCUGUGAGGCUGAGGUACACGGCGGUGGCGAAUGAAACUGUAUGCUACGUGGACGUGACAUCCUUGUAUCCCUACGUUAACUGCGCCUUUCCCUAUCCUCUAGGACACCCUGAAAUAGUUUACCGAGAUUUCAAAAAGCCGCAAAACUACUUUGGGUUAAUCAGGGCCGUCGUCUACCCUCCUCGAGGUUUGUUUUUCCCCGUGUUGCCCUACAAAACACCCUCGGGUAAACUGGUGUUCACCCUCUGUCGAACGUGCGCCGAUCUUAAUUUUCGGGCCAUCUCGUGUACCCACGACGAUGAGGGCAGGGUGUUGACGGGGGUUUGGGUCACUCCCGAAUUUAACAAAGCCUUGGAGUUGGGGUACCGACUAGGUAAGAUCACAGAGGUGUGGCACUUUGAUAGACGCAGCGACGACGUAUUUGUAGAGUACAUGCACACUUUUCUCAAGGGUAAACAGGAGGCCUCGGGCUACCCUGCCGGGGCCUCAGAUCCGGAGAGUAGAGAAAAGUACAUUGCGGACUACGGGGCAAAUCAGGGCAUUUUGCUGGACGCAGACAAAAUCCAACCGAACCCGGCUAAAAGACAGGUGGCUAAGCUCUGUCUAAAUAGCUUAUGGGGAAAGUUUGCCCAGAGAAGUAACCUGAACCAGACCGUGCUCGUCAGGGAACUGGAGGAGUUUUUCAGUUACAUGUUUUCAGAAAAACACAAAGUCAAAUACGUUUCCUUCCUAAACGAGACCACGGCUCUGAUUCAGUGGUGUCACGGCGAUCGGUAUAUCGCACCCCCCAACAAGACGGACAACAUGUUUAUCGCGGCAUUCACCACAGCUUACGGCCGUCUAAAGUUAUACGACUAUUUGCAUCAAUUGCAAAAUCGGGUACUUUACCUCGACACCGACUCUCUAAUUUAUGUCGCAAAAGAAGGAGAGAAGGGGCUCAAACUGGGUAAUUAUUUGGGAGACUUGACUGACGAGCUGGGGGGGCGACACCAUACAGGAAUUUGCGGCGGGGGGUCCUAAAAGUUACGCCUACUUGACCAGAAAAAACAAACGAGCCGUGCUGCAGGUGAAGGGCAUUACUCAGACGUACGAAUGUUGUGAAAAAAUCAAUUUUGACAGCGUCAAAGAGCUGGUAGAGGGUUACCUGCUAAACCACCGUACGGGGGAGAGGGAGGAGGAGGAGGAGGAGGAGAAGGAGGAGGAGGAGGGGUGUAUCGAGACUCUUCAACACGGUAUAAAUAGGGAUAAAAACGGGUUUCUGCUUAAAAACUCGUCAUUUUUAAAAAGGUUUCGUGUGGUAUUUGACAAGAGACAACUGCUUUCCACAGGUGAAACGUUGCCGUUUGGCUAUUGAAAUGUUUUCCGCAGACCACCGGCCGAUUGACUUUGAUCCUAGACUGCGAGUGCCUUUCUCAUGUCAGAUUGUGGGACCCAGCGGUUGUGGAAAAACUUUUUUUGUAAAAAGUGUAUUGGAAAACUGUCAAGAUGUUUUGUCUCAGGUGCCUGAAAAUAUUGUAUGGAUAUAUACUUCGUUCCAGCCUAUGUACGGUGAACUGCAAAAGAUGAAUAAAAAGAUUAAAUUUGUCGAAGGCUUGCCUGAUUCUUUUGAUGAUGAGAACCUGUUUCCCCCCGAUCAAAGUCACUUGAUUAUCCUGGACGACGUCAUUUUUCAGGCCUCCGACCAUCCCGAAGUAGUCAAGAUUUUUACACAAUACAGACAC